CCCUGUGUAUGGAUCGCUUUCUAUAUCGUCAUUCAAGACUGCUAUCAUUAGCAUGAAGGACUUCCGACCAAUGUUCGCCCGUGUGCCCAAUCCAGGCAUGGGCAUGUCCAGCUCCGGACACCUCGUUCUCGAAGUCUGCACUUUCAAUGUGCUUGGCUCUACAGGCGCCAGCAUGUUAGGCUCGCCGAAAGGCAUCGAGACGGGCAGCGACAUAUAUCUGUGGGUUCAGGGGCUACGCGAGGGAAAUGGUGGUGGGUGCGUAGACCAGCUUCUCGUGGGACGCUGAUGAAUUCCAACCUUGGGAAAGGAACGUUUUGAAACUCAGGAAACAAGCAGAAAACUCCGCAGACGGCUCAAGUAGUUCCCAACCAGCUCAUACACAAGCCAUGGAAGUUCUCACAUACGGGCGACGACAACGAAGCUCUUCUCCUGAUGGAACCCCUGAGCCAAAGCCGCCAUGUCCGGCUCAACGUCCGAGAAAGAGCAAAGUAAAUCCUGUCAAGGCGCACCAGCGACGUUGGCGUGUAAGA